UGCGAUGGACGACCACUUUGUGCACGAGGGCAUCCUCCUCAAGAAGAUGCUCUUUGGCUGGCGCGCCUACUACUGCGUACUGCGCGGGCGCAACCUCGAGCUGUACCACCCGCCCAAGCUCCCGUUGACCAAGCCCCCGCCGAGCCAAAAGCCCAACCGUGUCCUUAUCGUCGACACGUACAGCACCGACUUUCGUCGCGGCGACCAGAUCGAGCUGGUCAACCCGCGGGGGACGCGCCGCGCGUUCCGAUUCACGCCCGAUCAGCUGCUGCGGGGCGAGCGCGCGCAAUGGCUGUUGGCGCUCCAGACAGCAUUUCUCAUGGACAACGCGUUGGCCAAGUACGGGCCCAACAUCUCGGAGCAGCUCCUUUCGUAUGCCAAGAAACAGCUCAGCGAGUUUGGGGUCGUGCGCAUGGACGACGGGAUACGCCAGACGCUGCGGAAGCGGUCGAUCCACGGUGACCUCUGGAAUCGAUUUCAGACCAUGGUGCACGAAGGCAUUACGAUCCACGAGGUCGGCGACAGUGGGACGACAGAACAUUUGUUUCGAAUCGACGACCCGCCGCGCGCCAUCUUGCUCUUGCCACUGCACGAAGAUGCCUUCGAGUGCAGCGAUAUUCAAACCAUUGAGCUGAGCAGCGUGAUUUCGGCCGCAUUUGUCCACUCGGCCGACGCGCAGCAGAGCCUCACGUGGUUCACACUGACGUGCCUUGAUGACGGCGCGGCCUCAAAGGGGCGCACGUUUGACGCGCUGCGCACCGAAGUGCGCAGCCUGCUCGUGUUUGGGAUAUCGCAGACUUUGCGCAACUUGCAGUACAGCCCCAAGCUUCAACUCCGGCGCCGUCUCACGCUCUCACAACACGAGACGUCGUCCUCGGCCUUGCUCACCAUCAACAUGGAGUGCCAGCGCGACGCCGUCAUCCGCGGCUUCAACGUCAAUCCAACAAAAGCGAUUGCGCAGGCCAUCGCCGCCGGGAUCAUGCGCGGGAUCAGCGUGCGGUCGCUUUCCGAUUCUACUUGCUCGAUCGAACGCUGCGUCGCGCUCUUUCUGCGGCACACCAAAGGCCUCGAUAAAGACACGAUUGGCGAGUACCUCGGCAGCGACGACGCCUUUUGCGUGCGCGUGCUCCGGGACUUUUCCCAGUGCUUCUCGUUCGUCGACAAGCCCUUUGAGGCCUGUUUACGUACCUACAUUGGCGCGUUUCGGCUGCCGGGCGAAAGCCAAAAGAUCGACCGCAUGAUGGAGGCCUUUGCGCUCGCGUACACGGCGGCCAACCCGAGUGUCUUUCUGCACCACGACGCCGCCCACAUCCUCGCCUUCUCGACCAUCAUGCUCAACACAGACGCGCACAACCCGUCGAUGGGCAAGCGUCCGCGCAUGACCCGCGACGAGUUUGUGCGCAACAACCGCGGCAUCGACAAGGAUGGCGCCGACGUCCCCGCGCCGAUCCUCGAAGCGAUCUACGAGAGCAUCAAGAAGCAGCCGCUGCUCACAGUCCGCGACCGCAACGACAAUGGCAAUCUCUUCUCGAACCCGGCGAUGGCGGGCUGGCUCAAACCGUCCAAAUUUGGCGGGAAGUGGGCGUACUUUAUUCUCUCCACGCAUUGCUUGUACUUCUUUUUCGGCCAAGACGACGUGGACCCGAGGGGCUUUUUCACGCUCGAAAACGUCGUCGUGCUCCGAGAUCGACCGAGUCAGUUUACGCUCCAAGCGGCGACGCCAGCACACAAGAUCAAGGGUGUGACCUACCCCGCGACGACGUCGUCGACCAAUAGGACGCUCGAGCACAAGAUGCACAAAGCUGUCACGUUCCACACGGAUGGCCAAGCCGAGUGCGACGCAUGGGUGACGAUAUUGCGCCAGAACGUGCUCGCAUCGCAGCCGUGCGCGGUGCCAUCAACGCGGUCCUCGGACGCAGAUGCCCCCGAGUCGUCCUACUCGGUGACGAGCCGCGCCCAGCUGCAGCUCCGUUCGUCGUGGUCUCUCGGUAGCGCCGAGGACGAGGAGUCCAAACACAGUGAAGACGACAUGGCGAUCGUACCCUGCUCACCCCGCCAGUUUACGAGCAUGGCAUAGGACCUAAUUUCAUUGGAUGCGGAGCUAGUAUCAACCGAUAGUAUCUACCAUAAUCGUCUUGAUAUUUUCCAAACCCC